CGCGUUGCCUGUCGAAACAUGCGCUCGGCGCUGUUCAGUUGUUCUGCUCUAUGCAGUUGCCAACGCGAAUUGGGGCGGAAGGGUUGUACUGUAGUGGGUAGAUACACUCUUGUAAAAUGUUGUUAUUGUUGUUGUUGUUGUAGUGUGUAAAACAAACAUAAAGUGGUGUCAAUUUCGCUUGUAACGCAGCUUUCAGUGUCAGAUCAGGGUGCAAAAGGAACGGGGCAGCAACAGGAACCCAGGACUGACUUGAUCAGAAGUCCUUGUUUGAAUCCCCACAAUCUCCGCCAUAGACAACAGGCCUACCAGAAAGCGUGACGCCUUUCAACGCGAAGUUCACACCAACAGGCAACAGAAGGAAUUACUGGAGAGAAAUACAAGGAAGCAAGACACAAUUCUUUGCUUUUUAAUGCUAACGAUUUUAUUUGAUCACCGAUUCAAUUUAAAGAGUCAACACACACGCGUUUGAAGUCAUCUUGAAGAAGCUUCCGCACCUGGAUUCAGUACCCCGUUACAAUUUCCCCUUCCAUACAUUGCGCUCUUGCCUCAUUCCGAAUAGCAUAUUUUCUGGUACACCCUGUGCCGAUAUAGACAGAUGCUUGUAACUUGCGGAGUACAUAUGUACUGUUCUAUUUAUGUCUGAAUAUAUACGAACUGAUAAACUGAAGUGAUUGAUUUAUAUGAAACAAAAAUAGAAGCUGAUAUGCAGUGAUAAGAAACAGUGAUUUCGUCAAUAAUACUAAAUUUAGUCAAUUAUCAUCGUUCAUAAGUAUUAUGUCCGCAAUGAAAUGAACAAGUUCACAGAUAUUGAACGCAAUUUAAAAAUAUUAUAAUCAUGUUUACAUCGCGUAGAAAUAGAGUUGCUUUACUGAAUGCUGGGACUGUGGUCAACAUAUCAUCAUAUCAGGGUAAAUACUAAAUAUUUAAACACAUCUUACUGAGCCAUUUCCGGUUUGUUGUGAACGAACAGUUACUGGGGAGAAUAUAUAAAAGCAACUGCGGACAAGCUGAGAAGUGCGUGUUGAGCCGAAUAAAGUGACCAUUCUGGAGCGAUAAUUGUGUAAAAUAGAACCGUCUUCUUUACUUUCAAAACGAGACCAAGUUCAAUACCAGCCGUGCUGAAGACAAAGUAGCCGCGCACACAACUCGAGUGCGUGUCUCGACGUUCGGCUGUUUGGGGCCGAUAUAUCCUGUGAACAUCUGGAGGCGGGUACUGUGCCCACUGUGAGACCGCCCGAUGCCCGCGACGGCCAUGUUCUCCAAGUUCAAGCACGGACCGACAGGACAGAACGUCCUGGACAACAAUCCCAUAGUGCAGUACUUCGAGAUAGGAAAGCAGACGGCCAGCGCCGGACCGGAACUUGUGUGGCGAAUCCACGACGCUUACAGGAAAAGCGACGGCAAGGAGGUGUCCGUGUUCCUGUUCGAGAAGCGCUGCGCCGAGAAGCUGCACAAGCCGAAACGCAAGGAGACGGUGACGGAGAUUCUCAGGGCCAGUGUAAGGCAGCUCGGGAGGUUCCGGCACCCCAAGAUCCUGCAAGUGGUGCACUCUGUCGAGGAGUGUAGCGAAACGCUGGCCUUCGCGUCGGAGCCCGUCCUCGCCAGUCUGGCCAACGUACUGGCUUACCAGGAGUCUGGUGGCGGCGGUGGUGGAGGCGUCGGACCUCCCUCCACGGGCGCUUCUUCUCAGACACAGCCCGCGACUUUGCCCCGCCCACCGCAUGCCCGGGAGUACCACUUCCUGGACGUCGAGCUCAAGUACGGCAUCCUGCAAAUCACAGAGGCGCUGUCCUUCCUGCACUACUCUGGGCAUGUCCUGCAUAGGAACGUGUGUCCUAGCAGCAUCCUAGUCACGAAGAAGGGGACGUGGAAACUCGGUGGCCUGGAGUUCACUGAGAGAGUGAACGAAAUAGAUGGCCUCGAGUCCGUGUCCUGCCAGCCUUGGACGUCAAGGUUACCCAAAAUGGCGCAGCCCGACCUAGAUUACAUAGCUCCCGAGGUGCAGACAUCGUCCCUGUGCAGUAUUGUGAGCGACAUGUUCUCCUUGGGCCUGGUCGUGUGCGCCAUCUUCAACCAGGGCCGGCCACUCAUUCAGGCCAACCACAGCAGUUCCACGUACAUGAAACAGCUGGAAGUGUUGGAGGAGCAGCUCCACAACGUUCUGCCUCGGGUGCCAGUUCCAUUACAGGAGGCUGCGGUGAGACUACUCAGCCGAGAUUCGAGGCAGAGACCCACGGCACAGCUUCUCUCUCUCAUCAAGUACUUCAGCGACCCGGUUGUCCAGGCGCUGCAGUUCCUGGACGUUAUCAACAUGAAGGACCCGAGUCAGAAGUCUCACUUCUACCGCAACACGCUGAAGGAGGUUCUGCCGUACAUUCCCAGGAAACUCUGGUUUCAGCACGUCUGGCCCUCUCUGCAGCAGGAAAUGAAGACGCAGGAAGUUCUUGCAGCGGUUCUGCAGCCCAUCAUAUUCCUCGUCCAGGAGUGCACCAUUGAGGAGUACGAGAAUAUCAUCCUUCCUUCUUUCCGGAGCGUGUUCUCUGUGCCCAAGUCGAUCCAGGCAACAGUCACUUUGCUGGAGAGUCUGCACGUGAUCCUGGAGAAGACGCCCCGAGACGACAUUAGGGCAGAGGUGCUGCCCAUGCUGUACAACGCGUUUGAGAGCACGACUAUACAAGUUCAGAGCGCAGCACUAGUCGCUGUGACCAACGUUGCCGAGUACCUGGACGAGACAGCCAUCCGACGAAUGGUGCUUCCCAAGACGAAAGCCGUGUACGAGAAGAACACGGGUGACCUGAAAAUCGUGCUGAACGUGCUCUCCUGCGUGGAGAAGACGCUGGACCGCUUGGACAAGCCUCAGAUCAUUGAUGAGGUGCUCCCCCUGCUCUGGGACGUGAGGCUGCAGGACCCGGAGGUCACGCUCAGGGUUGUAAAUAUCUACAGAUUGAUGCUGAGUGACAAGAAAUACGGCUUGUCUGUGAACCUGAUGGCAACCCGAGUGAUGCCGUCCUUGUUACCACAGACUGUGAACCCUUCCCUCAACCUGGAGCAGUUCACAAACCUCCUGGAGGUGCUUCAAGAAAUGCUUGAUCACAUAGACAGGAACCAGAGGAACAAACUGAAGCUUGACAAUCUGUCCCUGCCAAGCCCUGAACGGCAUCGUCCGCUGAGGCAUCAGUACAGUUCUGACAACAUGCAUGUCCCGCCCUUCAACAUCCCUAAUCUGCGUAUUGAGCAGCGUAAAACAUCUAGUGCAGAGGAUAUGGCCCGCAAGAAUUCUGCAGAUUCUGGCGUCUUAGGAGGUUGGUGGUUUGGUGCGUCGCCAUCGUCUCCUGACAGCAACUUCUUGAGAGUGCACAAUGCUUUCCCAAACCGACGUCUCUCUGAUAACGCCCUCAUGAUGCCCCCCAAAAUCCGCAUUGCUCCAUCUUGUGCCUCCUCUCCGGGUGGUACUCCAGGAGGCGGAGGGCUUCCCAUCAGACGACACUCCAGCAUUGGGCCCCAGGAACGCCGUGGGUCCACUGUCAACCUCUCACCUCCAACGGGCGGUCUCCACUACAGAUCAGUAUCGAGGGAGGGCUCGAGCUUGUCCGUGCCAUCAACGUAUCUUGCACGGAGCAUGAUCGGUGGCAGUAUGCCGAACACAAGCAGCAGCGUGCCCUUCCUGCUGAGUUCCAGUAUGAGCAGCAUUCGGUCUCGUCGGCCUUCUGCCUGCUUGUCGAGCUCGCAGGGGUCAGGCCUCCUGCAACAGCUCGGCUCCGGCAUGGUAAGACAACUCACACUGGGAACCUCCUCUCAGCACCCGGCCAACGGAAGGGCAUUCCCUAGUAGCAAUUAUCAGCUAUUUUCUGGAAGGUCCUAGGCUGAGGACUGAUAAUCUUGGAUUUGUGAGUCAUAUUUUCAUAGCAUGAGCUUUGCAGUGAUGUGAUACAGAACUUCUUCACAAUGAAUCUAACUAAAUGACAGAAGAUGCAAGCACUCAUAAAAUACGGACCAGAAAUCACUGUGUUCCGGGCAAGUAAGUAUAAAGACCAUUGUCCACUUUUGAAACCUUGGUUUUCUGCGUUGUUCACGUGAGGGUUAUAUUACAGCGAUGUACAGAAACCCAGUUAUAGGAUGUUCACCUACAGAAGGCAUGUCAAACUAGGUGCAAGAGUUGAAUGUUCUUUACCAUGUAACAGCAAGUGUUUGCCAUUGUCAACAGAAACAUAAAAUUUAAUUGAACUGCUAAUUUGAACCCUUUUAAAAACAGUAGUAUGAAUAAUUACACGUACAACCUGCUCUAACAUUCAAAAACUGAGCAUUUCCCCCACACAGCUUAUUGAUGUGUUUCACAUGAUUCUCACAAUAAACAGCAACUGUUUUCCUAAACAACAUUGACUUGUUGCUGCUUAUGAUGAUGAUGAUGUGAAAUGAUCUCUGUGAUGUAGGAAUUGAAUUUUCAAAAAUGAUUUCCUUAAACUUUAGGGCUUUAAAAAGUUAAAAUGACAGAAUUAUUCCACAGCAAAAUUAACGACUAGAGAAAUAAUGAAAAUGACUACAAUCCGUGGAACUGUCAGACUUCCUGUUAUCACUGAUCUGUAAAGAUUUAGCAAGAUUACUGUCUUCUGAGAUGCGUGAGAACUUGAAAUCCAACAUAGUUAAAUGUUAACAUGAAGGAAGUUAAAAUCUAAUUUCUAUAAACUGAGUGACUAGCCAUUGCACAUAGUAUGUGUAUAACCAACAUUUUCAAACGACAAGACAGUUGUGUAGUAAAAAAGAGAAUAGAUUCAUUUAUGCAAUAUUGUUCCAAAAUACUGACCGAGUUAGCAGUGUCUGGUAUUCAAAAAUAUCACAGGUUUAUGCUAUUAAUGAUGACAUUACAAUAUAUGAAGUUAUUCAAGACGGUAAAGAUUCAUAUUGUAGUUUUCUUGGUUAUGACGCAAUGAAAACUGGUAGCAGCAAGCCUGUUAAGGCAUAGAUGCAGCAACACAGAAAGCCCCACAGCACUUUUUCAACUGACCACAGCUUUAGACCAUUGAUCUUAAACCUGGGGUACAAAUUAAAAUUCGUCCCUGAAUUCAGGUACUGGGGUGCCAGAAACAAGCUCAGUCAUCUCAUUCGCAGCUCAGAACCACAUUAAUAAUUGAUAAAAUAUUUAAUCAUAUAAUUUUUCUUUGCUUAAAUACCUUUAUUCUUUUAUUAAUUCCUAUUUGAUAGGCAAUAAUAUAUUUGUUAUUUAAUAGACUGAUUCUCCAUUUUAUCAGUUGAAACUUAUCAUUUAAUACAUUAUUUUGGAUGUAAUUUCUUUAAUUUAUUUCAGAUGUUGAUUAUAAUCUAUGUAUAACUGAAUUACACACCAAGAACUGUAAAGAUAAAUUAGAUCUGGGGGUAUGCGGACAAAAAAGGCUGAAUACUCCUGCUUCAGAGCAUAUGAAAGCCUGUAUUUCCCUCUGAACAUUUGAUGCUAUCCAUCAACAGAAAUGCUGUAAUAAGUAACUGUGAGUCAGUCUGUUUGGUUGUGGCAGUUUUAGUGCAAGAAUGUCAAGUUGAUCUAAUAGGCUCUUGGUGUGCAGAGAUUUAGUAUUCUCUGCCACGAGAACCUAAAAUCUCUCAUCAUUUUAGUUCAUUGACUCAGACACUGAUGUUUGACUUGCUUGUCCAGUAGCAACAGCCCAUAAAACCAAGGAUGUAGCUCAUGUCAUCUGACCAAUUAAUUUCCUAUGGAAGUAAAUCAAUUAAUCCACUUAAUAAAUUUUUUAUUUUAUGUUCACUUCAGGUAAGACAAGCUGAAAUAAAACACGUGUUCAAUAGCAGCUGCACACAAGUUGUUUUGUGGGUCACACAGAAUAAUGAUUGCAAUAUGAGGUCAUCCUAAGACUUACCAAAUGAACAACACAAGUCCCAUCCCUUGUGCCUUUUCAUGUCUGAUUUAUUUAGAGUGAGAAGAAUCAGCAGGUCUUAGAGUCUUCUUGAAUGUGACACUACAUAAUUUUGUAGAUAGGAACUAAAGUUUUGACUGAUGAUUUCUUCCUCUAUCCUGAAGAUGGAGGUGUCAGGUCCCUCUGAAAUGCUGGCACCUAUCUACCAAACUGCAUAUGUGCAGCAUCACAUCCCAGAAGACGUAAUCCAAAUGCUCAGUGCCGCGAGAAUUUACAAGACUCUGCAAUUCUUCGUCUUCCUUUUCCAGGGUCAUUUCUAUCUCAUACAGGUCACUGAUGAGACUGCAGUCUUUUUUUUUUCCUUCCCACAGUCACAUCAAUUUUUCCAUGUCUUCCAGUACAACCUAAACCAUCUUGCUCUGGGUCAUUCCAUAGUUCUCUUUCAAUUAAAUUUGAAUUUUAAUCACCUUCUGUGUAUGUCCUUGUUCUAGUCAUUCUUUUUAUAUGGUAAAAUCAUUGUAACCAUUUCUUUGCUGACUCCGUUAAAUUUUUAACUCUUAAAUUCCUUCUGUUCCCUUCUCCCCUCUGGUUUUAUACUUGACACUUAAACCAAAAUCAUGUCUUCGCUUGGAUUUUACAUUUGUUUCUCUUUGUAGGGCUCCAUGUCCAUGCAUUAUCCAUCAGAAUUGGCUUAAAGUAUAUAUACUUUAUAAAUUUCAACAUAUCCAAUAAUAUGCUAGGAAUUCCAAACAAAUGCAUGACUUUCUUUGUUUGCAGUGUUAAGUACUGAUUUAUAAGAUGUAAGUUACAUUAUGGCAGGUUCACAAUUGUUAUAACAAUAUUUCAGUUUUAGUUAAAUUGGUCUGUCCUCUUAAGUACAUAAUUAGCAGAUUGACAUGUAAAAUUAUUGGAUUGAUCUUUUUGCAAUCCCAAAGCAGAUCUCUGCAUGUCGGUAUGGUACCUCUUUCCAUUCUUGGCACAACCACCUGUUAGUCAGAUUUUAUGACAUACAUGGUAUGGUAUUGAAGAGAUAAAUUACAGCAGUAGAAACCAAACUCGUUCAGCCACAUUAUGAACAACUAACUAGGAAUGAAAAUGUGAUGCUGUGUAUCCUGCAAGAUAGGUACCAUGCAUCAGAGGGAACCAAUGUCUUCAUCUUCAGGCUGAAAGAAGGGUUAGUUCCUAUCAGAUGACAUGGAGUCACAUCCCAUAUAAAUGUACCCAUAAUGUUCACUGCCAUUCAUUUUUCACAAUUGUGUUGUGUAAUUCGUAGCAGAAGCACAGAAAAUGUCGAUUUCAGUCAACAGAUUUCUCCUCUGUGACCUGUGACAAAUGCCAUGCCAAAUGCAGACAGAAGCACCAUGAACAGAAAAGGAUAAAUACAUAAUAUUACAUCGUAGCAUCACUUCUUUUUCAUUCAUUCUGUGAGCUUGAUCUGACAGAUAUAGAGAUAAAUCUGACCAUGAAUAGGUUAAGAAAGGAGACAUAAUUAAGACAAGAACACACAUUCUUCCCUGUAAUCUUACGCACUACACAAACAGAAAAUAUUAGCACCUCAUUCUAAACAUUUUAGUAAAUACCUGUAAUUUAUUUUACAUUUUUUUUUCGGCUAACUUAAUGCUUAAUUUCUGAUUAAAAUAGAUAUAAAAUAAAAUCAUAUGUAUGCAUGCAACUUGGGCUGUAAAUUAGUAGCCCUGUUAAGAUUCUGAGCCUUGCAACCAGUGUAAUUACUGCUACCCCUAAGUAGGACUAAGUUUUGCUACCUUUUAUGCUGAUACUGUAAUUUUAUUUUCUGCGAUAGUCGGUGGGUGUGUGUGUAUGAAGCACUUGAUUGAUUAGAAUAGUGCAAAAUUUUACACAGAUCAAAAUUCAAUUGUACAAUAACAUGGCAAAGCAAGCAUGUCUGCAAAAACAAUAAGACACACUUCUGUGUGAGACAUAUCUCAUGUAAUACACAGUGUUACUGCUUCUCACAUUUUGCAAUCUCUCUGUGUUCAUUUAAGUGCUUAUGCUUCCUUCUGCUUCUGCAACACUAUGACACAAAAAUGUCAGUGAAGUGAAAACCAACCUGUUUAUUCUUUCCUCAGUUUUCCUUUUUAUUUAUGAAGAAGCCCUCACAUAGGAUAUACAAAUGAAAUUUUUUAAAAGUAAUUAAAUUUUAAAUUAGGUUUUCAUACAUGGGCUAUAAGUUGGACAACUGGAACCACCGAAUCCAGCUGGAAAAGAUCUUCAAUUCUAAACCCCGUGAUGUAUACAUAUGUUGCUUCUUCUAUGGGAGAAAUGUGUUUGUACUCUGUGUCAUAAUCGUUAGAACCAUUCUUCUGCCUUGUGUAACAAUUCCUUGACAAUCCAACAUAAAAAUGUCAAAAUAUUUUUUCAAUAUAUAAUGGUGUAAUAGGAUCUGUGCAUUAUGUGAUGUUCUCCAUAGUAUCUUUUGCCUUUUCCCAAGCAACAUUUCUCUUUAUACCAUGACUGUAAGAUAUGGAAGUUUCAUUCGACCUGAGGUAUUUUUCUUGUCACUUCAGACUUCAAAAACAUAUUACUGGAAAAGUGUGUGAGUUGGCUCACUGGUAACUGUCAUUUUCAAAUUGUCUAUCAAUGCCAGGCAAAAACAAUUCUUAUUCCUCUUUUCUUCUUCUUUCAACCGAGGGAUGGGAAUGCUACAAUCCCACCAUUGUUACUGAAAAUUUCAUACUCUAAAUUCUUGUGUAAAGAAAUACCUCAUUUUGUGAUGACUGUAGUGAAUAUGGUGCACUCAGUUUGUAUGUUUGUGCAUGAAUGUGUUGGCGUACCUCUUGAGAUAAAGUAUGAAGGGCUGAAUCUACCGAUUAAAACAUAAUAAAUGCAGAACACAAGACAGGUCUGCUCUGAACCCAGUGCAGAAAAACUAUAAACAAUUGGGGGUCUGAAGUAAUAAGAAAAAACACCGCCAUUUCAGUACUCUUCCUCACUUCUUUAAACAAAAGCUGUGAUUUCUUAGAAACUUUUCUACUUGAUAACCCUUGUAUGGUUGUGCCAUUUGCUCAACAUAGUUAGUAGUGUUUGAUCUUCUUUCUUUAUAUGCCAUAAGGAGGCUCAUUUCCUUUGGAGUAUGGAAUGGUAUGUGAGAAAUAACAUUAUGAAUGUUUUGCCACAAGACAAUCUCUAACUGUAGCGUUGCACAAAACAUGACAAUAUCGUCAAACCAGAUUGCAACAGAGGUAAAUGGCUAUACUUUACGUAAUAACUGGAUGGCCUUCAGUAAGCUAAUUUCUACAUUUUCCUCCCUUUGAUGAUAUACUUCAUGUUCCUGUAAGGAAAUCAAACGUAUAUAUAAUUGCUAACAAUAGCAAUGUCAACAAAAACUAGUGCAAGUGAUGAAAUUAUGUAAUAACCUCUCCGAGUAAGACCAUAAAAUUUUAAUGGUAUGGGUAAGAAGCUGAAAAUUGAAAUUAAUAUGAAGUUACUGGUGUACGUAACUGUAGUAAAGAUAAACACAUGUACCUGUUCUUCAAUAUUGCAAUAAUGUAGUAGCUAAAACUUUAAAAAUGGCAUUACAAAAUUAAACUUUACUCAUGCAAUUAAAAUAAGCCUGGGAAUGAGGAUUUGAAUUCCAUUCAAAACUUGUGCCACAACAUUUGCAUGUCAUUCUAACAGCCAUGGCUACUGUACACACCAGCAAGGUUACAGAAUAAAUCUUAUGUUAUCUUUGAAUGUUCUGCAGUAGGUCCAUAGCAAGAAACAGAAAAUUACAUUUUUAUAUAUAUUAGAUUGAGGGAAUUUAACAGCUGAAAACAUUCUGUGAUUGACAUAAUAAAACAAUCUGUUUACAUACAUGGAUAUAAAUGUGGUUAAAAUUUAUUGUUAAUGCUAUCGUCUUAGAUUUUUCAUGGCACCUGGUUUACAAAGUCAUGAACAUUCCUGAGUCACUAACACUAGCUUUUGUCUAACUCACUGCUAUUGUUGGCACAAAUGUGUUUAUAUAACAAGAUGUCAAAUCAAAAUGUACCUUUAAACUAAUAUUGUUCAGGUAUUUUCAGUAUUAAAAAGUUCAAUUAUCAUGGAAAGCUAAAAUGCAAUGUUUCAGGAGAACUGUGUUCUACCAAUGUGUGUCAUGAAGAUAUAUCAUAUGUAUAUUUUGUACUGUACAAUUGGCCCUGGUUACUUAUUCAUAUCACUUAAUUUUCUUGGGAGGGGGGGGGGUCAUGCUGUACAGAACUGUGUUAAUUUUCCGUGUCAGUUUCACUCAUUUAUCGAUGGUAUAUUGCCAAAAGAUCACUGUUAACAGAAACUAUAUACACUUUAUUCUUAAAAUGAGUUGCCAUAGCAGGGAGACAUAUUAUUCUUGGAGCCUGUGCCUCUGCCCCAUGUCAUUCCAAAUCACACAGUUGCUGUAAUAACCUCGAUGUGGCGGGGGCAGUUACUUCACUAAAAAUAAUUAAGAAAGGAACUAUAUGUUUCAACAAUUUUCUUACUGUUAUGGUAUUUGAAUUACCAUUUUUUCAAGAAUUAAUAAAAAUUCUUCAUGUUGUAUAUGUAUAUAGUAAAUUCAGAAAUUAUCUUUAUAUAUCUGAUCUGCAGAUCCAUGUCAUGUAUGUAUAAAUGUAUUUAUGUACAAAAAUGCUGUACAUAUGUUAGAUUAUAAAUUAGUAUGCAUGUCAUUACAAUAUGUAUGUGUGACUGAAGAACAAGCAGUUGGGGAUAAGAUAUCUUUAACUUACAUCAUA